GUCCUCCCCCUCUCGGGCGGGGCCUCGCUGCUCUGCAUCACGGUGUCUGUGCUCCGCUGCUCCACACAAAGAAGAAGAAGAAGAAGACGAAGAAGAAGAAGAAGAAGAAGCACACGGCGACGCUUCCAUGUGAGUCUGUUUGUUCUGCGGAGCUUUGUCGGGAUUUAUCACCGGAUAUUUACCGAAUGAAUAGAUCCUGCCUCCACCAAUAGAGAAGCAGCGUUGCGCCCAGGUCUCAGGCUCCAUGGCGAUGCAACUGAGUGGAGCGAGGACAGAAGAGUGGACGAUGUCCAGAUGACACAGUCUAACUGUGCCGACUUAGCAGGAUGAACAGCUGAUUGACCUCACGUCCUUCCUCCCGUCGUUGCCCACCUAUCGUCCGAGCAGCCAUGUUGCUGAGGAGGAAGCUGUGCGUUGCUUUGCUGAUCGCCGCCAUCCUCUUCCUCAUGCUGGCCAGUCAGACCAUCCAGAGGAGACACUUCCUGCCUCUGUCUUUGUCUCUGCCCACCUUCCAGGCCAUGCACGCCAGCUCGGAGACAGUGGUUGACUUUGCAGCGCCUCCUGCUGACCUGAACCCUGACCCACCAGUGACACCCCCUCCUCCCAGAAACCCCCCACCUAAGUCCAAGGAGGAGCCUGCAGUCGACUCCCAGAAAGUCCCGAGGUCCUGUGGUUGUUCUGAGUCCUGUAUUUCAGACCCCGGGGCGUCGGGCUGGUUCAGCCAGCGCUACGAUGUGAAACAACAGCCGGUCCUCCAUGACGCCAACGACAACCUGGACCCGGAGGCGCUCAAAUGGUGGCUGGGUCUUCAACGGUCUGGUAACUCCCGAACUCUACAGGAAGUGAUAUCAGAGAUGUUCAAGGUCAUUUCUCCACCCACCGUGGACUUCAAGCCCCUCCCCUCACUCUGCCGUAGUUGUGCGGUGGUCGGCAACUCUGGCAACCUGCGACAGUCCGGACACGGCAACCUGAUCAACUCCCACAACUCUGUGAUCCGGAUGAACAAGGCAGUGACUCGAGGGUUCGAGAAAGAUGUUGGGAAUCGGACGACGCAUCACCUCCUGUACCCAGAGAGCGCGGUGGACAUGGCGCAAGGAGAGAGCCUCGUCCUGCUGCCGUUUAAACUGAGAGACCUCGAGUGGCUGACCAGCGCCUUGUCCACCGGCCAGGUCAAAAUGACCUACAUGAGGGUUAAAGAAAGAGUGGAGGCUGAUAAAGACAAGGUUCUGGUGAUGAACCCGGUGUUCUUUAAAUACAUCCACGAUCACUGGACCGAGCAUAACGGUCGUUACCCCUCCACGGGGAUGCUGGCCAUCAUCUUCGCUCUGCACACCUGUGACCAGGUGUCAGUGUUUGGUUAUGGUGCAGACAAACUGGGGAACUGGCAUCACUACUGGGAAGAGAACCGUGAUGCUGGAGCCUUCAGGAAGACCGGCGUCCACAGCGCCGACUUCGAGAUCCAGGUCAUUCACCAGCUCGCCAAGGAAGGAAAGAUCCGUCUGCACCAGUGACACGACCCACGACCGACCUGCUGACCGACAGACUGGCCUGACUCCAGAGAUUUACUGUCGGACCCAUCAACCUGCAGAGUGAUGUGCUUCCCGACCACGGACCGGCAGACCAGUGAACUGAACACCAGACCUGACCUGCACACAAGCUGCUUUCAGACAUGCCCUGGAACUCUGGACAAAUAGAAUUUGUUUCGCUCGUAAAACACACAAAUCGUUCUUCAGUCACAAACUGGCAAGUGGGCGCGUUACACUUCUAACAAGUAAGUGACGCAAAACGAAAAAAAACGCUAGGCAUAAAAAUCUAUCUCGGAAAGAAGCCAAACUCGUAGAAGAUGAAGAAAAUUGAAAAGAAAACGAGAUGCGAGAUGUUUAGGCGAUAAAAACAAUGCUGACGAUUUUCUGCUGGAAAUAAAAACUUUGUGAUUUCCGCAGCAGAAUUUAAAAACCCAAUUUUCCGAACAUUGUCCAGAGCUCAUGUCUGAAAGCGGCUCUCCAACCAGACCUACUGACAGACUCACAGACUAAUGGACAGACAUCGGGCGUCCAGCUUUUCCAGACUGAGGCCAGAUGUUUUAGAUCUGGAGAUAAACUGUGGACGGAGUUAAACCUGCCUCCUCCAGCUGCUGGUGGUGGUGGAGAAGGUGGGGGCUUGGAUCUCUGCUGGGUUAAAUGAGUUCCAGCUUCACUAGAACAGACAGUUUUUCGGGACCCUCCACUCGUCAUACAUGCGUCUGCGGCUGCGUGGAUCGACCACACACGCUUUGCUCUGAGUCGGGAAACAACCACAGACUUUAAUCUUUUUUUAUUGGAUUUUAUAGACGUUAUACAGGGAGAACCUCUUUUUUUAAUCAAAGCACUUUGUCAUGAAGAAGUAAAGGCGGAGGAGGCCGUGUUGUUUCGCCUCUGUCCGACCAAGAGAAGACCUUUUUUUUUUUUUUUUAUAUCAUUUAUUAUCCAUCCAUUUAUUUUCAUUUUGUCGGAAGCCGUCCUGGCGCGGAGGAUCCGGACAGACUGGAACGUUUGGAUCCUAAAGCAACGUCACUUCCUGUCGUCACCGUAUAUGAUGGUUCUCUCAGCCUGUGGUUCUGAUUGUUAAACUGCAGUCGGCAGGUUUUCCGGAGCAGGAAUGUUUUUUUAAGGAACAGUCCAACAUUUAGUGAUAAUCAUUUUCUAAUCUCAGUUUUCUGCGAAGUAAUAAGACUAACUGUAGAGAGCUGUGACUUUGUGAACGUGUCCCAGAGGCACGUGACAAAGCUGAGGAGACGACGAUUCACUAAAGAUUUAUCAAAUAAAACGUAACGAGGACAAAGUCAAACAAUCAGUAGCCGGUUCCAGUGAGUGCGGAUGCAGUGCAAUGUACUUUCAAAGAAGAAAAAUCUGAAGUCCAACCAAAAACAACCAACACAUGAAUGAAGAAGGACGAAGCAGUCCAGCAAGUAGCAGAGGAGUCGGUCACCUGACUGCUGCACCUCCUCCUCGCAGGAGUUCCCAGCAUGCAGAGCGGUGGCCCGUCGCCUCUACUGUGAAUGUACAAAAAAUAUUAUCAGUCGUCUAAAUGUUUGUGGCUUUGUUUGCACUAUGAAGAGUUUCAGGCCGUUUUCACACCGAGUUUGAUUCUGAAUCAGCGAAUGUUCGUCUCAGACACAGUCGAGUUAAGGCACCGUCACACACACGCGAAUAUUUCAGAGGCUUCUACCGUCCACUUCAGAUCUGUGACAGCGAGGAGACGAUUCAAACAUUUGCUUCCUGUCACAAAUCGCAGCACGGCAAUAUAUAUAUGUAUAUAUAUAUAUAUAUAACUCUCGUAUGUGUGACGGGGCGUUUAAGCGUUGGGUUGCAUUAUAGUCUGUUUAUAAACGGACGACAUGUCACAAGAUGUUUUAGACUUAUUUCAAGUUCGGUUUUAAUUAUUUGAUGUUGACGCCACAAUCACCACUGUGCAGAUGCAGUCUCCAAAUUAUGUCACUCGUCCGAUGGGCGGGGCCUGUAUCCAGGAUGUUUUAGCAGGAGGAUCUUUAUUUACAAUCUGUGAGUUAAACAUUGAAGUUAGCAUGUAGGACAAAGAUAGUUAGCUGCAUUUAAUUUGGUCUCAAGACUUAAAUCUGUUAAAUGCUGCAUCCAUCCAUCUUUUAAUGUAAAUGUCAAAUGUUUCUUCAUUGUGUUUUCUUUGUGCAAAAUCAAAUGUUCACAAAGAUAUUUAACUUUGCUGCUCGUGCUGUUCAAUCAUGCAGCUGCUCGUCUCUGGUGUUACGUUUGUGCCGCAACCGAAAAUUCUAAGAAUUGUGAUUGGCUGUUUGGUGUCACGAGGAGAACAAAAGCUUGUGUGAGUGAAACUGCAUGAGAGGUGAGUUAUCAUUGCACGUUAAUAUGGAUAACGGUAAACAUGCAAAUUGUUUCAUUUAAAUUUUUUAUGUUUAUCUUUAAAAUGUAAUUUAUUUGGUUGCAAAAUGUAUUUUUCUGAGCUUGAAAUCUCAAACAGCUGGUUCAGGAGUGAGGCACGAAUAUAACACCAGACGACCAAACGACUCUAAAGUCACCGUACUGCUUUUAAUGGUUUAAUUUCUGAUUCAUGGGAAACUAUCAAACCAUCUAAUUAUCGUGCUAACAACAUUUCUCAUGGUGAUGUUUUUAUGACACAUAGGUUUCUGACUUAUUGAAUUUCAGAUCAACUCAUUGACAAGUUAUUUUUUUGUUUAUUUUUUAUCCUCACUGAGAUUGUCUUCUCCUCUGAUUCAGACAAACCACCAGUGAGAAAUCGCCUCAGAGACGUUCAGUAAAGAUCGUUCUGCUUCAAACAGAGUUAGAGUCCGCUUACACUCAGUGGCCGUUUCCAGCCGUCAGAAACUUGCACCUUGUUUGACGCCGACUGAGGCCUUAUCAAUAAUCAUGAAUGCUGAAUCAUCACCUGGGGGCUGCUGCUCUGUCGUUAGCUCGGCUGCGGUGAAGAGUGCAGUCUGAGUUCAAUCCUUUUUUCCAUGUUUCUUAGAACUGACCUGUGUAAUCAGACGCUGUGGUUCAGCUUAGUUCAGCCACUAAAGACUAAGCAGCAGCGCUCCGGCUUCCUGAGCUGGAUUUAACAUCUGGAAGUGAAGUUUCAUGGGAUUUGCAGUUGUUGUUGAAAUAUUUACUUCCUCACACUUAGAAAAAAUCCAGUUCUAUUCCAAAGUUGUGCUUGUUAGAAUCCCUGCGGUCUGGAAAUGCUCCAUCAGGGACGUGCAGAUCAACCAAUCAGCCGCUUGUGCUUUUUUUUUUUUUUUUCAGAGUGACGUCCACUGACCAAACAACAUGUAUGUGUCAUGUAUGUUCAGUUACCAUAGCUUUAAUUCACUGUGUUUAAACUGUGACUGUUUGAUAAAAGAAAAGAAAGUCAGAUUCAUUUAAAAAGCAAACCUACUGAUUAUCACUUCAUUUAUUCGUUCGUUCGUUCAUAGAAGACAAACAGACAGAAGCACUGAUAUUUCAACUAAAGACAGAAGACAACAUGAACCCACCACUGUCACUUUGAAUGAAAUAAAAUAUAUAAAAACA